ACUGCUUUGUAUUCACGGCUGUCUCCUUCGCUCCCGUCUCUGUUCCCCCCGGCUCGCUUCAUCUUCACGCCUCAUCUUCCUGUUUCCUCAGCCUCUGUAUCUAAAUCCUUCCUUCCUACCCUACAGCAUUCCUGUUUAUAUCAGGAAACAUACGCUAUCAUCUGUUUUCUCUUCUCCUUUUUCUUCCACACAGAAGCUCCUGGCUUUGUGACACUGGACCACAGUCUGCGCUAUUACCCCAGCAUCACAUACGGUGUCAUCGGCAGCGCCAUCAUCUUCGUCCUGGUGGUGGCCCUGUUGGCCUUGGUGCUUCAUCACCAGAGGAAACGGAGCGUCCUGUUGCCCAGGAGCGUAAGGGGGAGCACGCAUCACCACCAGCCCCUCCUGCUGUCCCGACUGGUCAUCCUGGACCGGGGUCACGCUAAUGCCAGAGGUCUGGGUCUCAGCCCCGGCUCCAGCAGUGCUGCGGGCCAGUACACCGCAGCUCCUCAAGCUUUCCAUCUGCUGUCCGGGGCCAUGUAUCCCUCCUCAGUGUCCUUAGACUCGCCUCCCUCUUACUCUGAAUCGGUUCUGGAUGUCAGUCGGCCUCCUUGGUUUGACCUCCCCCCUCCGCCUUACGUCAAAGACAGCGAACUUUCUUCAGAGGGAAAUCUUCCUCAGUACGACGAUCUGCAGGAUGGUCUGAGCCAUCGCACGUCGCCGGGCUCUGCAUCCCCACCUCCCAGGAUGCUUCCCCCAGACUCGCAGACGGGUCCCAGUCCUACGGAGGAGUCAGACCAGCUGUAGCCCCGUCAUGUGUACUGAUUGGACUUUGGACAGUCAAACAGCUGGAUUCACUAAUCCAGCCAUAUAGAGCUGUCAAAGACUAAAGGACAGUCCUAAAUAAAGACCCUUAGGAAAAGAUUCGGGAGAGUUAAUCAACUUCAAAAGGGUCCAAAACUGGCUGCCUUCACUUUCAGCCUGCUGAAGCUCCAGCAUUUCUCCUGUAGACUGAACCUGUGUGCUGGUUCCCUCUGCUGGCCUGAUAGGUUAAUUACAUUUCAAAGUGUUCAGUUGGUUUUAAUUCAGUUCCUUGAAGACAUUUUAUCUAUUAUACUUUACCAGUGAAUAUACUGAAGACUACAAAGAAGAAAUCAACUGCUCGUCUUUGUUGUGGUACACUUCUGAUUAGCGUAGGAUGAGUUUUGCUAUAUUUUAAAAUACUCCACAAUGUGCCUAUUUGCAUUUAAAAAUAUAAUUAAAUCAGAUUUAGCUUAAAUUCCCAGUUCAUCAAAUGAACCAUCAUAUGAGACAUACAGACACAAACUAAUACCUUGCUGCUUGUUUGAAACAAUUUCAAACAGAUCAGCUUAGGCUUUUUUUUUUUUUUCUUUUAACUCAUUAAAUAUUUUCCUUUGUGUCUCAUCUUGCCAUUUAGUUAAAUACCAAUAACAAUAUGUAAUAGGACCACCUAUGUUUUAGGAGACGAUGUUUGUACUUGAUGUUCUAAAAUCAUUCCUCUAAGCAGAAGAACCGAGACGUUUUGAUCCUGUAAGACCAACAGGGUUCAAUCUGCUUUAUAUUCCAUAAGAAUGCAAAGGGGAAAAUGUGGUUUGACAAAAUAUGUUAUUGCUUAUUUGAUUUUCUAAAAGAAUUUUACUUUUAAAAUUUCUACUUUUAAAAUAGAAAAAAGUUCUUUAUUUUUUUUUUUUUUUCAAUGAUUUAGAAACAAAUUAAAUUGUCAAAUCCCAGCUUGAGUUGAACAUUUUAGCCAUCGGUACAAUAUAUAUAUAUAUAUAUAUAUAUAUAUUUUUUUUUUUUUUUUCCUUCCAUUUCAAGGAUGGGACAAGUAAUAACACAAACAGCCAUUAGAUUCUAUACUACCUUUUUUAUUUUCUUUCAAAUUUGGAACAACAGCUGGGUGUGAAGUAGAAAAGGCAUUAGUCUGAAAUGCACAUGUAAAGAAAUUGUGCACAAGACAAAACAAAUCAAUCUAUUUAAAACAGAACACUACUUAGAAUGUGAAGUAAAAUAUGAUUGUGUUGUAAGAUCUUCUAGGUCUCAUUUGUACCUUCCUUUCCUUUUAUAAUGCAAUUAAUUCUGGUACAAAAGCAAAUGAAACCAAAUAUAUGAAUACUAAAAGUUUACCAAUAAAAGAAACAACUAUGUGUUUCUAAUUUUAUCACCAAAACGACUGCAAAUGUUUGAUUGGGUGAAACUGGACAUGAGUCUCAGGUCGAAUUCCCACCAGUGCUGAUCUCGGUUUUAAUUUGAGGGUUUGUUGUGAUCAAGUCCUUCUUCAUUUCUGAUUUUUAGUCCUAACUUUAUCUAUCCACACAAAUCCCACAUCUGUGAAGUUUUCUUUCAUGAUUUCUUUGUUCUAUGUAGUGUGUACAUUUGAAGUAAAACAAAUUUCCGAUUCAUA